CCUGCUCUGCGAGCCCUCCCUCUCCGUGUCCGCCGGUCGGGAGGAGGCCCGUCUGGGCGGCGACCCGUCCAAGGUGGCUGCUGCGGCAGCGCUCAGUGUCAGCGCCGAGCUGGAACAGUUCCACCACAGUAUGGCGCUGGCCAGCCUGCCGGCGCCGCCGCAGGCCGCUUACGAGGUUGGCCCUGGCGGCGGCCGUGGCGGCGGCCACCUCCACAUCUGUCCAUGUUCCAGCAGCACACCACGCACAGUCCAGUGUCUGCAGUGUCGAGCGGCGACGGCGACCGCAAGCUCUGGAGCGAGGAGAACAUGGAGUUAGCGCUGGAGGCGCUGCGCACUGCGCGGAUGUCACUCUCCAAGGCCUCCUCGGUCUACGGGAUCCCCUCGACCACGCUGUGGCAGCGCGCCCACAAGGCCGGCAUCGGCACGCCCAAAAAGGAGGGCUCCAACAAGAACUGGACGGAGGAGGAUCUGCAGCUGGCGCUCAACGACCUCCGGGCGGGCCGCAUCUCGGCCAACAAGGCGUCCAAGGAGUACGGCAUCCCCAACUCGACGCUCUACAAGAUCGCCAAGAAGGAGGGCAUCAAGCUGUCGGCUCCGUUCAGCAACGCGCAGACCUCGUGGACGCCGGCCGACCUGGAGAAGGCCCUGGACGCCAUCCGCGGCGGCAUGUCGGUAAUGAAGGCCGGCACCGAGUACGGCAUCCCCUCGGGCACGCUGUACGGCCGCUGCCGGCGCGCCGGCAUCGAGCGGAAGACGGCCGGCCAGCCGUGGAGCGAGGAGGACAUGCACGAUGCACUGGAAGUGGUACAGCGGGGCGAGAUGAGCAUCAACCAGGCGUCCAUGUACUACAACCUGCCCUACAGCUCACUGUACGGCCGCAUCAAGCGCGGAAACCUGGAGCAGGAGGAGGACUCGUCCUCGCAGCCGCCGCAGCAGGACGGCGGCCCGGCCGGCCAGCUGGGACUGCAGCCACCGGCCGGAGCCGCCGCCUCCAUCGGCUACUAGCGCCCCGGCGCUGGGUGAGACCUCAGAGCGAGCUGCUAUGGUGGCGAGCGCAGUACUCAUGUGCUGAGGCACACACACGCACACACUGACACGCACACAGAAAACACGCACACCUACACACAGGCAGACAGGUAAUCAAUAUGAACACACGCACAGACAUACAGAUAGCACUUCGAACACACAGAGACACAUGUAUUUGUUACAUGAGACACAAAGACACACACCACACAUCCACGAGUUCAAAUCGACGGGUUUUUGCGGCAGAGCGGCUUAUUGAUCCAAUGUUGGACUUCCUCUCUCGAUACUGACUGGAGGGAGGUUAAAGGGUAACGAAGUCGAUAAACCUCCUUGGGUUCGUCCUCACGAGUACAGCCAGGGCGUUCGCGUCUCGAGCGAUCCACAGAGAGACGGAGUGUUGCCCUCACUGCCAGAUGACCGAGCCGGGCUCCACGAAUGGCAGCUGGCGCACACUGUGUUGGGGAGGGACGUUGUGGUUCUGUAGCGCAGUACGGAUACCGGGGUCGGUGCUGUAGUGGGUAGAGUUUGGGAGAGACUGCGGCCGGCAUAUGAUGUGGCCGCGUGAUAGGGGGCGUGUGUAACACGGAGAAAGGGAGAGCGUCCUAAGGACGGUUAGUGAUACAUCGGGUGACGGGAGAGGCGGGUGUACAGAGUGUAGCACUGCGAGAGGCGCUGGUGGGGGACUGCACUGACACAGACACACACAGACACAGUGGACACACAGACAGACACAGUGAACACACAGACAGGCGCGCGCACACUCAGACUCGGACGUCCAGCCAGGUAUUCGCCACUGAGGAACAUUCACUGCCAGUUCAGUCACACCAGGACACGAAAACCACGCCGGGACGAAGUCGAGCCGUGCUGCCGCAUCUAGCCUGGCUGGCGUUCCCUCGCCUCCAUCACGCAACGAAGCCCACGGCGCCGCCGGCGACCCCCGGACGGCGCCCGAGGCCCAACUGUACAAAGGUGCGCCAGGCGCGGCCGUCGAGUCACACACACUGACAGAGCAGCCAUCGUGGCACACAGACGCACGGGUACACACUGACACACGCAGAUACACGUUCACACACUGGAAACGUUACGGGAUUUACAUAGUCACUUAACGCGGCGCCGGCGAGCGGGCGGGGAUGGUGGAGGUUUGGAGUGUAGACCUGCCCCUGCUACCCUCGCCCGCUCGUCGGCGCCGCUACUGUUUUCACUUGGUUUUAGCUGAGCACGAUGGUCGUUGGUUUUUAGUUACGGGAGAGCGACUGAGCGCGCACGAGAGAGCGGGUAGUUUUACGUUAGAGAGGACGUUUGUGACGUAGCUGCGCCGUCCCGACCGUGUAGGAGAUGCAGUUGUCGCUGGGUAGCGGUUAGAGAGCGCUUUUGUUGUUGCUUUCGCUAUUAACUGUGCUGGCGCGAUGUCGUGGCCGGGUGCGGCAGGUGUGUGCAAUGUCGCUUAUCACCGUGUUGGCCGUAUGUCGGGCCUCCCCAGACUCGCCGCCGCCGCCGCCGCUGCCGCUGUCCGGACGCCGAAGCUUUACUGUACUGCCGCACGGUCUCGGCAGUGGUGGCGGCGGCCGCGGCCGGUAGAGUAGGUGUGUGACGCGCCGUUUGGUGUCGACUGCCGCCGUCGGUUGGGCCCGGCGCCUGACGCCGGCCUCGCGAGCGCACGUGCACUGGGAAGCAUCCGUCUAAGUCAUACGGGUGGGGCGGCCAGCCGGUCCGCCGGCCGGGCCAUUGGGCCGGAGCUAAUUGAAUACCUCUGUGUUGACCCGAUAGGAAUAUUUUGCUAUAAUCAAAGUGGAUGCUUAUUUUGCUAUGAUAUUCCAUUGACUACGAUAAUUUGACCGUGGUAGGAGAGGUGACGAGUGUAUUGCAUGGUUGGCCGUGCGCGCGGCAGUGUUCGCUGUUCGGUGUGGCGUGUCGAGACGCGCUCUGUUUGUGCUAAUACCUGUCGCUUCUCCCGGCUGCGCGGUGUGUCGCGUCGUCCGGAUAGUUGCCGUCCGUGAGCGGGAGGCGCGCGCGCCGCCGCCGCCCCGCGCGCUGUCCAAAAGAAGCACGAAUCAAAGUGGGUGUGGGGCGGGGCGGUCCGGCGUCAUGUUGUUGGUAGUGAGGGGGCCCAGCCCGACCGGCCCAGCCGUCACUAGUCAACAACUAACUAGCACGCGCGCGCGCGCCGUCCAGAAUCAGCGCUUUUUCGCUUCGGUGCUGGCAGACGAGAGUAGCUGUAGGGCCGCCGGGCCGUGCGCCGGUCGGCGGAGGGAGAGAGCGAGAGAGGGAGAGAGUGCGCGAGUGAGUCCGGUGCGAGAGUGGGUGAUUACAAAAGUCCAGUACAAAUAUAGGCCUCUAUUUUCCCGUCAGUUCGGGCGGCGACGGUCGCCGAUUCAUUUUUCCGGUAACCUGCUCGGUCUGUAUAUCUCAGUCCCGUUCGUUCAGGGCGGCUCCCGCCACGUUUGCUUCCGAGACUUGUUGUUUAACGGGUUGCGCUCGCGCGCUAUCUGGGUUGGCUGUCCGGCGGCGGCGGCGCCUCGUGCGCUCGCCGCCGCCGGUCGCCGCUUUACGGGUCAUUUGUUGGUGCGUGUCGGCGCGCAGGGGCCGCCGCCCGCCGCCGGCCGCCGGUGUUCCGUUGCGCGCGCGCGUGGCGCAUUUGUUAGCGUUGCGUUGGGGCGCGGUUGCGUUGCGUUGCGUUGUGUGCGUGGGGGCGUGUCCGUGUGGGUGGACGGUGCGUGUGAGGUGCGAGCGCCACUGGGCGGCGGGUGGACGGGGCCGCACAGGCCGCCGCGCCGCCGGCCGGCUCGCAACCACAGCCGGCCGGCCUCGCUGUCCAGUGCAAUAAGUAGCCGAGGCGCUGGCGCACGCGUGUCGGCGCCGAGUCUGUCCCCGACGCCGGCCGCGCCCGAGCGUGUACGUAACUCAGUGUUGCUACAAAUUUCCACGCACUUUGUAUGUCUUGGUUAUGUUUGCAAUAAAGGCAAAAAACGCUAAUCAAAUAAACGGCUGUUUGUGAUA